ACAUCCGUCCGGAUCGCGACGGUAACGGGCCGGAGAGAGCCGCUGGCUGCUGCACACUGUGAGCCCCAUCACCUCCUCCUCCACCUCCUCCACCACCACCUCCUCCUCCACCAUGGACUUCUCCAUCCGAGCAGCCAACGUGGAGGACUGUAAGGACAUCGCCCGGAUGAUCUUGGAGUUGGCUGAAUAUGAGAAAGUAGCAGACCACGUUAAAGUCACACAAAGAGACUUGGAGCAGGACGGAUUCUCCAAGAACCCGUUCUUCCACGGGAUCGUCGCUGAGGUGCCAGAACAACACAAAACCAAAGAAGGCCACACGAAGAUCGGAUAUGCACUUUACUACUUCUCCUACAGCUCAUGGGCAGGCAGAAGCGUUUAUAUGGAGGACUUGUACGUGAUGCCUGAGUUCAGAGGGAAGGGCAUUGGAAAAGCACUAAUGAGCAAGGUAGCUCAGCUGGGCAUGGCUGCAGGCUGCAACCAGCUCAACUUCACCGUCCUCGACUGGAACAAAGCAUCUUUGGACUUUUACCUCAGCCAGGGCUGCACCGACGUCACGGCCAGCAUCGGCUACCACUGUAUGCGCUGCGAGGGCGAGGCGCUGGAACGCCUGGCCCAACCCUAACCCAACCCUAACUCAACCCUAACUCAACCCUAACUCACCCUAACCCAACCCUAACUCAACCCUAACCCACCCUAACCCAACCCUAACUCAACCCUAACCCAAUCCUAACUCACCCUAACCCAACCCUAACUCAGCCCUAGCUCAACCCUAACUCACCCUAACCCAACCCUAACUCAACCCUAACCCAACCCAACCCUAACCCAACCCUAACUCAACCCUAACCCAACCCUAAGUCACCCUAACUCAACCCUAACCCAACCCUAACUCAACCCUAACUCAACCCUAACCCAACCCUAACCCAACCCUAACCCAACCCUAACUCAACCCUAGCCCAACCCUAACUCAACCCUAACCCAACCCUAACUCAACCCUAACCCAACCCUAACUCACCCUAACUCAACCCUAACCCAACCCUAACUCACCCUAACUCAACCUUAACUCAACCCUAACUCAACCCUAACCCAACCCUAACUCAACCCUACCCCAACCCUAACUCAACCCUAACCCAACCCUAACUCAACUCUAACUCAACUCUAACUCAACCCUAACUCAACCCUAACCCAACCCUAACCCAACCCUAACUCAACCCUAACCCAACCCUAACUCAACCCUAACUCACCCUAACUCAACCCUAACUCAACCCUAACCCAACCCUAACUCACCCUAACCCAACCCUAACUCAACCCUAACUCAACCCUAACCCAACCCUAACUCAACCCUAACUCAACCCUAACUUAACCCUAACUCAACCCUAACUCAACCCUAACCCAACCCUAACUCAACCCUAACUUAACCCUAACUCAACCCUAACCCAACCCUAACUCACCCUAACCCAACCCUAACCCAACCCUAACUCAACCCUAACUUAACCCUAACUUAACCCUAACUCAACCCUAACUCAACCCUAACCCAACCCUAACUCAACCCUAACUCAACCCUAACUUAACCCUAACUCAACCCUAACCCAACCCUAACCCAACCCUAACUCCCUGGGCUCAUGGCGCCAUGACCUUUGCAAUAAUUGGGUCACACAGUGCAGGGAUAGAGCACCACUCAGCGGCCCCGUUCCAAAAAAACUAAUCCAUGACAAUCGUAAAACAGAUUUUCUCAAAAAGAUGAGAAGAUUAUUAUAAAUGGCUGUUUGUUAAGCCCUCCCCCCUUAUUUAAUUUACUAUGCCUAUCAAGUUCACCAUGCUAGCACAGCAAUAUGCAGUUUACAUUAAGAACAAUGAGGAUUUACAUUACAUUUUCUUUCAAACAAUGGUUCAUCAUUUUUACAUGGAGGUACACUAAAGCAGGCUGCAGAAUUUUGUCAGCUGAAAUGACAAUAACAAACUUUAUUCGCUGUAGUUAGCUAGCGUUAGCUAAAAAGGCAACACCAACUCACUGUAUUGGCUAAAAGACUCAAUCUACGGUUGUUGAUAGUUAGUUAGUGUUAGCCAAUUAGCCAACCUUUUUUCGUCCAGCUGACUCUUAAAACAAAAAGAAACUGUAAAAUAUACAGAUGAUGGCUAAAUACAUGAUUUAAUGCUAAAAAAGCCUUGUGUUAGCUAAAAAGCUGACACUGAUUCAAUGUAUUGGCAAAAAAAAAGCAUCUACAGUUGUAGUUAAGUAGUGUUAGCCAAUUAGCCAAAUUUUGGCUUUUAGCUGACUCUUUCAACCAAACCCCCCCCCCCCUAAAAUAUACAAAUAUAACAUGAUUUAAUGCCAAAAAGAACGCAAUUUUAAGCUGUAGUUAGCUAGCAUUAGCUAAAAUGCCGACACCAACUCACUGAAUUGGCUGAAAACUUAAUCUACAGUUGUAGUUAAGUAGUGUUAAACAAAAAAACCUGUAAAAUAAACUCAAGACACCUAAAUACAAGAUUUAAUGCUAAAAAAAAGGGGAUCUAUACAUUUAGUUAGCUAGCGUUAGCUAAAAAGCUGACACCAAUUCACUGAAUUGGCUAAAAACUCCAUCUACAAAUAUAGUGUUAGCCAAUAAGCCAACUUUUUUUGCUCCAAGCUGACUCUUUUUAAACCAAAAAAACCUGUAAAAUAUACUAAUGAAGGCUAAAUUCAUGAUUUAAUGGUGAAAGACUGUGAAGCCACAUGUUCAACAACAUGUGCAGGACAGAACCGUUAAUUUAGUCCAUAUUCCACAAAAUAAUGCAGUUAGCAAAUGAUGUGCUCCUUGGCCUUGAACCUAAGUUACCACUGGUAGUAAGCUCGUUAUCCAGGCAUGCUAAAGUUUGCAGUUUGUGUUUUUGAUUUUGGUACAGCUAAAAACAAAAAGACACAACUCUCAAACUUUAUAUAUACAAGGUAUUGCUCUUACUACAGCCUCAUGCUCACCAUUUCAACAUAUAUAUGUACCUGCUGUGCCUUGUUCAGGUUUAAAAGGGGUUUAACAAACAGUCAUCUGACUUAAAUGAAGGAUGUAGAAGUAUUGGAAUGGGGCCUACGCAAUACAUUUAAAUAGUACAUAACCGAGGCACUGAAAUCUGUGUUUUGUGAUUUUUUUCCCCAUGUAAUAUAGUAUGACCCAGAAGAAUUUUGGUGUUAAAUAGCUCAGAAAACCUAACCUCUCUUAUUGUGAAAAUAAUAUAGUAAUAAUAUGGGCACAAGAACGGUCAGACAGGAGUGUGUAUGUGUGUGUGGAGUUUUUAGAGAAAGUCUUGCACACAAUUAACCAUCCAGAGGCAUUUUUUCCCCCUUUUUGGCACAAAAAAUCUAGAAAAACCUUAUGCAUUUUAAGCCAAGAUGUAUGUUUCACUGUAUGACUGUAGAAAAAGUGUGUUUUAUUUGGUGUCUUAUCCCUUUAAACUUGUUAUAAACUAUGACAACAGCAACCAAAGAGUCAGUCACCGCUCCUCGAGGAGUGCUGUGAAGCUGUUGGGAAGCACAAUGUUGGUAUUUGCACUGUUUUCUUCAUUUUAAGCUGUAUUUAUGUACGCUACGAUACAAUACAGUCAUUAUUAUACACUGAAAUUCAUUUUGCAUCCUUUUGACAGCUCUGUUUUACCCACAGGUUGAAAAAAAAACACUUAUAUGACACUUUUUUAUAGAUGUACAAGCAGUAAACGGUCACAUUAUUUCCUCUGGACUCAGAUCUAAAUUAACAGUUAGCUGAUUUUGCUACACCAACAGGAUAGACUGAUGUUUAGAAUAAUUUGCCAGCCUGUUGCAGACGUUGGGAAGUAAAGGAAUCCGCUGAACCUAAACCUGCUUCCAUGCAGCCAAACAACAAAACUCUUGGGCCGGUUUCAAAGAAAUCAGACAAAAACGUUCCAUCUGGUGGAAUUUAAAAAGUAAAAGCCUUGGACUGGGCUCAGUGCGUGUCUUUGAACCUGUCCUGCUAAACUGAAGAGAAAAAAGGGGCACAAUUCUGGUCUGCACUUCUGUUUCAUAUCCAGUCUAAUUUAAAUAAAAAAAAGAGGGCUUUCUGUAUCAUUUCCAGCGAUUUUAAUGAAAACAGUCUGAGUUGUGGGUUAUAUUUAGUUUGUUUUCUCUAACUCUGAACAAGUAAGAACCGCUGACCCUCCUGUGUAGGUUUUGCAAUUUUGCAUUUUAUUUCAUACUUUGUCUACAAAAUAAUGAUGUAAAGAAUGACCAGUUUUUAUUUUUUAUUCAUCUUUGGAGACAUUGGGGUUGUAAAAUAUUAAUGUUUGUUUGCUUCAGUGCAAAAAUAAUUGUGUUGAUGUGCACGGGUGGAUUAUUAGACAAUGGGACUCUGGGAACAGCCUGUAAAUAGACCCACCACAACACAGAUACGUUAUGGUUUAUCAUAGUUGUGACCCUUUUCUUUGUAGUUUCUUUGUGCCUCCUUAAAGUCAUUUUGCGUCUCUUUAUAAAUGCUUUAAUUUUCUCUAGAUUUUUUUGUCUUUUUGUAGUUGCUUUAAUUUUAUUCGUAGAUGUUUUGUGUCUCUUUGUAUGUGCAUUGUGCAUCUUUAUAAAUGCUUUAAAUUUCUUUGUAGAUGUUUUUGUCUCUUUGUAGUUGCUUUGUGUCUUUUUGUAGUUGUUUUUUUUCUAGAUGUUUUGUGUCUCUGUAGUUGCUUUAAUUUUCUUUGUUGAUGUUUUUGUCUUUUUGUAGUUGCUUUGUGUCACUUUAAAGUCAGUUUGUGUCUCUUUGCAGUUGCUUUGUGCAUCUUCAAAGUCAUUU